UCACAAAGGGGUUUAGGUAGGGCUUUAAGAAACCCAGAAAAUCUCCUAAUGGUGCUUCUUCUUCUUCUUCAUCUUCAUCUUCUCCAAUAGGUCACACACAAUCCAUCAAAAUUACAACUUUACCCUUCACUCCCCACCUUAUUUGCCUCCACAACCCACCAAUGUUGAAGCUCCACACCAGGCUCCACGCGCUAACCCCAUCACUCUCCUCGAGUCUCCGACUCGGACCCACCUCCGACUCGGCGAGCCCAAUACUCAGGGCGGCGCUGAGUUCGCUCAGGAGCUUGACUCGGAGGAGUAGGAGCUCUGAUUUGGUGGGUCACAGAGCGUUUUUCUGCUCCGAUUCGGACUCUUCCGGUGAUGGGUCGGAUCGGGUUGUCCAUGUUGACAGUAAAGCUGUGGACUCAGAGGGUGAAGAGGCUGAGCCCAAGUCUUCAUCGGCUAUUGUGCCCACUAAUCCUAGGCCUGAGGACUAUCUCACUGUUUUGGCCUUACCACUGCCACACAGACCACUUUUUCCAGGAUUCUAUAUGCCAAUUUAUGUUAAGGAUCCUAAAUUAUUAGCAGCUUUACAAGAAAGCCGCAAACGGCAAGCCCCAUAUGCUGGUGCUUUCCUUGUUAAAGAUGAGCCAGGGACUGAUCCUAGUUCAAUAUCUGGUUCUGAGUCAGAGAAAAACAUAUAUGAUUUUAAAGGAAAAGAGUUAUUGAAUCGUCUUCAUGAAGUUGGUACACUUGCCCAGAUUUCAAGUAUCCAAGGAGACCAAGUGGUCCUUAUUGGUCAUAGACGACUUCAAAUCACAGAGAUGGUUAGCGAGGAACCACUUACUGUAAAAGUUGAUCAUCUCAAGGAUAAACCAUAUAACAAGGAUGAUGAUGUCAUUAAGGCGACAUCAUUUGAGGUUAUAUCAACCCUAAGAGAUGUUCUCAAGACUAGUUCCCUUUGGAGAGAUCAUGUUCAAACUUAUACUCAGCAUAUAGGAGAUUUUAAUUUUCCAAGGUUAGCAGAUUUUGGAGCUGCAAUCUCUGGUGCAAACAAAUUACAAUGCCAGCAAGUGCUUGAAGAGCUAGAUGUGUAUAAACGUUUAAAACUUACGCUUGAACUAGUGAAGAAAGAAAUGGAAAUUAGCAAGAUUCAGGAAUCAAUUGCAAAAGCAAUUGAAGAAAAGAUUAGUGGUGAGCAGCGCCGCUACUUGUUGAACGAACAGCUUAAGGCCAUAAAGAAGGAAUUGGGGUUGGAGACAGAUGACAAAACAGCACUUUCUGCCAAAUUUAGGGAGAGGCUUGAACCAAACAAGGAUAAGAUCCCACCUCAUGUUUUGCAAGUUAUAGAAGAAGAGCUAACAAAGUUGCAGCUGUUAGAAGCCAGUUCAAGUGAAUUUAAUGUAACUCGUAACUAUCUAGAUUGGUUGACUGCUCUUCCCUGGGGAACUUAUAGUGACGAGAACUUUGAUGUCCUUCAUGCACAACAAAUUCUUGAUGAAGACCAUUAUGGUUUAGCUGAUGUAAAGGAAAGAAUAUUAGAAUUCAUUGCUGUUGGAAAACUCAGAGGAACUUCACAAGGAAAAAUAAUAUGUCUCUCAGGCCCACCUGGGGUGGGCAAAACAAGCAUAGGUCGUUCAAUUGCCCGUGCCUUGAAUCGUAAGUUCUUCCGGUUUUCUGUUGGAGGAUUAUCAGAUGUUGCUGAAAUCAAGGGGCAUCGACGAACCUAUAUUGGUGCUAUGCCAGGAAAAAUGGUGCAGUGCCUAAAAAAUGUGGGAACAGCUAACCCUCUUGUUCUGAUUGAUGAGGUUGACAAGUUGGGAAGGGGGCAUGCUGGUGAUCCGGCAAGUGCAAUGUUGGAGCUUCUUGAUCCUGAACAAAAUGCUAAUUUUCUAGACCACUAUCUUGAUGUUCCAAUUGACCUAUCAAAGGUUCUGUUUGUGUGCACUGCAAAUGUUGUGGAAAAUAUACCCAGUCCUCUCUUGGACAGAAUGGAGGUCAUUGCUAUUGCUGGAUAUAUUACUGAUGAGAAAAUGCACAUUGCAAGAGACUAUUUGGAGAAGAGCACACGUGAAGCAUGUGGAAUCAAACCUGAAGAGGUUGAAGUAACCGAUGCAGCUCUUCUUGGUCUAAUAGAAAGUUACUGUCGAGAAGCAGGAGUUCGGAAUCUCCAAAAGCACAUAGAAAAGAUUUAUCGCAAGAUAGCUCUCCAACUUGUUAGACAAGGAGCAUCAAAUGAACCUGCAAUUGUUGAAGCUCAGGUUGUUGAACCUGAGGAAACUCUAGUGGGAUGUGCUGAUGAAUCUAGUCAAAAAUUGGUUGAAAGUGAGACUAGAGCUGAACCAGUAGAGGAUAGCAGUCAUGAACAAACUGCUGAAACCUUUGUAGAAGUUGAUGCAAUGCCAACAGACCUCCCAGCUGAUCAACCUUCGGAUUCAAAGGAUGUGACAGAUCCCAAGACAAUCCAGGAAAGUGAACCAACUAAGACUGUUGAAAAAGUUGUGGUUGACACAUCAAACCUAGCUGAUUUUGUUGGAAAACCUGUUUUCCAUGCUGAGCGCAUUUAUGAUCGGACUCCAGUUGGAGUAGUUAUGGGUCUGGCUUGGACUGCCAUGGGGGGGUCCACCCUGUACAUAGAGACUUCUCAAAUUGAGCAAGGAGAGGGGAAAGGGGCCCUCAAUCUCACCGGCCAACUUGGAGAUGUUAUGAAAGAAAGUGCUCAAAUCGCUCACAUAGUUGCAAGAUCAAUAUUAGUUGAGAAGGAGCCUGAUAACCCUUAUUUUGCAAAUUCCAAGCUUCAUCUUCAUGUUCCUGCAGGGGCCACCCCUAAGGAUGGGCCUAGUGCUGGUUGCACCAUGAUCACAUCCUUGCUGUCUCUUUCCAUGAAGAAGCCUGUCAAGAAGGAUCUAGCAAUGACUGGGGAAGUUACUCUAACAGGGAAGAUUCUUCCAAUUGGUGGGGUUAAGGAGAAAACUAUAGCAGCCAGAAGGAGUGAAGUAAAGACCAUCAUAUUCCCUUUGGCCAACAAGAGGGAUUUCGAUGAACUUGCAACAAAUGUGAAAGAAGGCCUCGAUGUUCACUUUGUAGAUGACUACAGGCAGAUAUUCGAUAUAGCUUUUGGUGAUGACCAGAAGACAGGAAAAUAAGCUUUCCAUGCCCACCGGCGUACGACUCCAUUUUUUCAGGAUUCUGGGCAAGUUCUUUUUGUGACCCAAGCUAGGAGCCUACCCAGAUUUGUAAUAUAUCAAUUUUUCAUCCAGAUGAUCUAGGGAUGCAAUGGAGCUGAGAUUUGUUCAUUGCUUGGGUGUCACAUGAUGCACCUUUAUUUACUUCUUUUCAUUCGUGUACAUUGGAAUCACCCAUUUGAAAGAAGUAUAAUAUUGAAGUGACAUCUGUGGCAGCUGAAAAAGAAAUAAGUUACUGACAUUGAUUUUUUUGUUGAAUCAAACUUACACUCCCAUUUUCUUUGGGAACAUAGCAUGAGUGAAAAACAUAGACACUAACUGAUGAUAAAA